UCUCUCUCCCUCCAUGAUGGCAUCUCCAAAGUACUUGAUGAUCUUCCCCUUGAUCGUCCUCCUCAUGAUUCCUCCGGCCACCCCUCUCCCCCGACCUGGGGUUAACCCUAAAUAUGAUAAUUACAACAAUGACCUUACAAGUUCCACGAGCUACUGCGAGAGCUGGAAACUGGCGAUAGAGACAAACAAUGCAGGAGCAUGGGGUCUUGUUAGAAAGGAGUGCGUGGAUUUUGUCCGAAUCUAUAUCUCCGGCAAACAGUACUAUGCUGACUACGAACUCAUCGCCGAUUACGCCAUCGACUUCGCCCACACCGUCAAGCCCCUCGCCGACGGGAAGGACGCCUGGUUCUUCGACGUCGAUGAAACCCUCCUCAGCCAUCUCUCCUACUUCGCCACUCAAGGAUACGGGACGGAACCGAUGGAUGAAGGGAGCUUCUAUUCGUGGAUAGAGAUGGCUAAAGCUCCAGCAUUUGAUGCGAGCCUGAGACUGUACAAUGAGCUAAAGAAGCUUGGCUUCACUAUCUUUCUCCUGACCGGACGGGACGAGGAAUAUCGAAACGCCACCGAGACAAAUCUAUUGCGUUCCGGUUACUUCGGUUGGCAACGACUCUUCUUGAGGGGUCCCGAGGACAAAGGGAAACCAGCGACAAUAUACAAAUCAGAGAGGAGAUCGGAGAUUGUUAAGGAAGGAUACAGAAUCCAUGGAAAUGUUGGAGAUCAAUGGAGCGACUUGCUUGGCUUUGCCCAGGCGGAACGAUCAUUUAAAGUGCCGAAUCCUUUGUACUAUGUCCCUUGAUAAUCUUUUCUUGGGGUUUGAAUUGUAAAAUUAAGAACCUUAGGGGUUUUUCUGUAAUAUCUACUAAAAUAAGGAUACAAUCCCCAAAUGUAUGUUGUUGUUCUCUGUAAUGUACCCACCGUGCGUGGGUUUUGAUGUCGUAUAAUAAAUAUUGUGUGGUCGAGAA